AUGGAUGCUCUGCCAAGGCUUGUGGAGCAACACUACAUCAUGGACAACAGGAUUGCUAAUGGAGAAGAUUUGGAUCUUAAUAAAAGGGAUAUAAUCCGGAUUUCCAGAGAUAUAUCUGACGAAGAAAAGGCAAUCAUUCGUACAAGACAAAUCAAAGUGCAUAGUUGUCUGCAGAAGCUUGGGGCCAAUUUUCCUACGAGCAAUGUUCCCAAUAUUGCAAUCUUAGGAUCAGGUGGAAGUCUAAGGGCCAUGAUUGCACUUCAAGGAGUUCUGGGAGAACUUCAGAAACAGGGCUUGUUGGAUGCUGUCAUGUAUCUCUGUGGAGUGUCAGGCUCUACAUGUCUGGAGCGAUGCUGCCAAAGAAGGACCCUGGCAGCAUGUGAAACCUGGUGCAUGUCGUAUAUCUAUGAACAUGAGGAAUGGACAGAACAUCUUCCCGUGUUAGAAGAAAAGUUGUGCAACAAGCUUGUAAGCACAGCUUGGGAUCCUAAGAAAGCAGUGGAUGCCCUUGUAGAAUCAAGCAAAGAUAAUACAUUCUCCUUGACUGAUUUCUGGAGCAGUGUUGUUGUCUAUGCAAUGUUGCAUGAGUGGCGGUGUCUGAGUGCUGGGAGGCUGAGCCUGGCUGAGGUGCUCCAUCCGGCUGCUUGCCUCGGAGGGCAUAUUGAGUAUAGCACCUUAACCGUAGAAAAAAGUCACUCAGAUACAGCAAAAGAAGCCAUUUCUACUUUAUUUAGCUUCUUCUUCUUUUCUUCUUCCUCAGAUAUCUGGUUUGAAUUUACUCCUGAUGAGGCUGGAUUCUUUCAUUCUGGUGCAUUUGUGGAUAUGAGGUUGUUUGGAAGUAUAUUCGAGAAUGGCAAGCUGAAAACAAUGAAGGAUGAAAAAAGCAUUGCCUAUUUGAGAGGCUUAUGGGGAAGUGCCUUUGCAGAUUUCAAGGUGAUAGAAGAUUUCAUCAAACAGAUUUCUGGAAACCAAGCUACAGAUUCUAGAUGCCAACAUUUGCCCUGUCAAGCUGCUUCAUACAUAAUGCAACUCCUGAAACAUGCCAUAGAAGAGAAGUCACAUGAAUACUGUGAGAAACACCUCACAGGGCUGAUGGAACUUCUAAAAGACCAAGAUGUCAACAAUACCUACAACCUUUGCAAUUACCUGAAGGACAAAUAUGGUACUGUGGAGAAAUCUGAAACAGUGACACAUGUUUUGACAAUGGCUGAGACUUUCUACUGGGAAUUUGCAGCUGGGAAACCUCUAUUCACCAUCCAUGAAGAAGAAGAUGAGAGAAGUGCUUGGGAUACAUUGAGAAUUCUGAAAAAAACUAUUUCUUGCCUCCGUGAAUGGAAAUGGGGGACCAACGCCAACUACCUUUACAAAUGUGGUGGUAUUAAUGACAAGGGUCUAACAGGUAUGGAAGAACUUCAGUUGGCUGAUGCUGGCUUAGCCAUAAAUUCUGCUUACCCACUUGUCCUGCGUCCAGAAAGGGAGGUGAAACUUAUCCUUUCCUUUGACUUCAGUGAAGGGGAUCCUUUUGAGACUGUUAAACAGGCAGCCAUUUACUGCAAGAAAAGCCAGAUUCCCUUUCCUGAUAUUGAUGUAUCAGAGCUGGACAAGAGUAAAGACAGCCCUUCUGACUGCUACAUCUUUCAAGGCAGCAACACUCCAACUGUCAUGCACUUCCCACUCUUCAACAUAGUGAACUGCAGAGAUAAGGUAGCUAACUGGAGAGACAAAUACUCCACCAUUAAUCUUUCUUAUGAGGAGCAGGAAAUCAAAGAUCUUCUAGAAGUGGCAAAAGGAAAUGUGAGAAACAACGCAGGAAGAAUUUGUCAGACCAUGAAAAACAUACUACCGUUUUAACAGAUGUUCAUCUCUUGAUUGAAUUUUGGGAUUCUGUUCCCCUGCUUGGGAGAAUGGAUAGUAUCCAGCCCUACUCAGUUUUAUGUCGCAGACGUGUGGUGUCUGCUGCUGGAAAUAUCAGCUCAAUGCAGUUGGAUGAAGAUGUGAUCAUACUUAGAGGGGACACAUUAACAUCUAUGGGGCUUAAGCUCAUCAUGACUAACCUAAGUCCCAUUAAUUUCAAUGGGCCUGUUCUAAGCAUGACUAUAGUGGGAUCCACCAUUCUGUUAAACCUUUCUCAGCUAUAUAUUCCUUAAAGGAAUAUCUAUCUUUUCUACAGCAAAACACAAUCCCCAAAUUUUUAUUUGCUUCUGUCCUGUACAUCUUUUUUCCCCCCUGUUUAGUUGCUUCACAUUUCAUCGCAUAUAGAUUACUACCUGGAUUUUUUUUUUUAGAAUACUUUAGAAUUAACAUUUCUGGGCAUUUUUAAAAGUGCAUAGCAAAUAUUUAAAAGCAGAUAUUAAUAUUUAUGACUUUGAAAUAUUCCAUCAUAUGAAUCAGCAUGAAUU